UAUCUUGUGUCAUGCUUCAUAGUCUUGUCAUGUAUAUUAGUCUGCACUGAUUCAUCGAACAUGGUCCCAAUCCCUUAUCCGUAUCCAGUUCAAUUCCCCGAUGUACAACAAGAACCAGCAACGAUAGUAAUACGUAAUUCUGGACGCCGUCCUUCAUCUAACUCAAGUGGGCUUUUAGGAAUUUUACCCUUAUUAGUCAUUGCUGCUUUGUUCAUACCAAUGAUGAUGCCAGCAAUGAUGCCAAUGAUGAUGACGAUGACACAGACUGCUAAUAACAACCCAGGAACAAUGAUGGCAGCCGCGUCACCCGGGACAGCGGUUGGCUCAAGUGCUGCUACGAUGGGUAUGAUGAUGAUGGGUGGAAUGAUGAUGAUGUCAAUGAUGAGUACGGCUAAUACAAAUGUACCACAUAUGCAAGUUGACUCUGGCAAUAGAGGCACUGAUGGGGGAUUCAGUAGUGGUGAAAGGGGGAGUGAAACUGCGUUUUUUUAAUUGUAGUCUUCAAAUGAUAGACUACCCGUUUUUUGU